AUGGAUUACGGAAAUACUCUCAUUCCCAACUGCGUGUUUAUUGAAGUGUUACUUUUGUCUUCUUCUUCCUCUUGUAGCGGGAAGUCGAUCGAGAAGGAUAGGAUAUGGGGAGGUGUUGGUCUAAGGGGCUUUGGAGGGGGUCUUUGUAUUUUCAUCUCGGUACUGCCCCUUUUCUUCGAUUCUGAGUGGUUGGCAGGUCUACUGACUUUGAGGAUUGAAGUGUAUUCGUUAUUGUUUGAUACAAUGGUUACGCUAAUACCGCUUGGUAUUUCGGUCGUGUACAAGUUGGGUAUAAGAGAGAGAAUCGUGAUGAUUGUCCUUGCGAGUCUGGGAUGUUUAGUCACGGCUAGCGCUGUAAUUGAGGUUAUUAUGGUGGAUCAUUUAUCUGGAGGUUCAUUACUCGAAUCUUACAAAGCAGCAAUAUUCGCAAAUAUCGAACUUCAUAUCGGGAUGAUUGCUCUCAAUACCGCCUACUGCUACUACCCUCGCCAAAGAAGAAUCACAACAAACAAACACAACAGUCUCAAUCAAUACGGCUGUAGUCUGCGCUCCGACUUCAAAAACUACUCCCUCGACGAUGUCAGCAGCGAGACAAAAAUCAAUAAAACCUCAAGUUCAAUAUAUACCCCCGCAACCGUGCAUACAGCCGACACCCAAUCCACCAUGUCAGGCCAUGACAACACCCAAACCAGAAUCCUCAAAUCACCACUAUCACCACUAUCACUACUAAAAUUGUUCUUACAACGGAACCAGUCUUCAUCUUCCGUGCAAGACAUCCACGACGACACCGACAUAUACACCCUCAAAGUCUAUGAAGAAGAAACGGAAUCCAUCCCGCUCAAAGACACAAUACAGAAAAUAACCGAAUACGCGGUUGUGUCAACACGAUUAUCGGAGUCAUCGGUCUAUCUGCCAGGGAAUGGGAAUUGGUUUAUCAGUGGGAAGGUGCCUGUAUAG